AUGAACGGUGUUGCUCUUAUCACUGGUGCUGCCUCGGGUAUCGGCGCUGCCACUGUCCGCGCCUUUGUCGCCCGCGGCGUCACGCGCCUCGCUGUCGCCGACGUCCAGAAGGACAAGCUCGCAGCCAUCGCGGCCGAGCUGCCCAACGUCGAGAUCGCCUCGUUUGUCUGCGAUGUGUCCAAGGAGGAGGAUGUCAAGGCGAUGGUGGAGGGCACGGCUGAAAAGUUUGGCCGUAUCGACUAUGCUGUCAACUGUGCCGGUGUCGCACCGCCGCCCGGUCCCACGGCCCAGUGCCCCACGGAAGACUACGACAGGGUGGUCGGCAUCAACCAGCGCGGCGUCUUCUUCUGUGUGCGCGAGCAGCUGAAGGUAAUGGAGAAGCAGGAGCCACUGGCAGUCGAGGCAGACACGGUGCGCAACCAGCGCGGGUCCAUUGUCAACAUUGCCUCCAUCGCGGGCCUCAUCGCCCUCAGCGGCGUGCCCGGGUACAUCUCGUCCAAGCACGGCGUCAUCGGUCUCUCCAAGGCCGUCUGUGCAGAGUACGGCGGCAAGGGUAUCCGCUGCAACAGCAUUGCACCAGGAUUCGUUGACACGCCGAUGAUCCAGGGUUCCCAAGUCGCCGAGAUGCUCACACAGCUGCCUCCCGUUCCCAUGAAUCGUGUUGGCCACCCGGAGGAGAUUGCCGAUGUCGUCACCUUCCUCUCCUCCACUGGAGCCUCGUUUGUCAACGGCGCUACCUGGACAGUGGACGGUGGUUACACUGUUAUCUAA